AUGCUGUGGUUGGUCAUUGACAACAACAACGUCAGCAACAGCGUCAAGAGAGUCCAGAUCGAGACGCACGUUCAACAACACCGCCGCGGGGUGGCUGUGCCCCAUCAGCGGUAUCAGCGCCAGGGCUCCAACCCAGCAGCUAAAUGGACGUCAGCCAGCAAGCCUCGCUUGGCUUUCAUUCAAACCGCCACCAACCAACCCACCGCCCACCCACCUGUCCUCCACCCAUAA